CGGUCGUCAUGACAACAUUAUUUAACCCUUUCUUAAUCCCCACCACAACAUAUGACAAUAUGAUGGAUUCGAUCUCAAAACACUGAAUGUUUGUUAUUUGUAACUCUUUUUAUCUUACGGAAACCUGGUUUUUGAAUCUGGUUAGUAAAUAUGAAUGCAAAAGCUAGCACUACACGCGAAAGCUCGAGUAAUUCGUCGCUAAACAGGACGGGGGAAACUGGCAAUGUUGACAACCAGGCGACAGUAAGUCCAGCUAACGAGUCAAACAAGAAAACAACGGUCGCUAACCAACGUUACGAGUCUUAUAGAGUAGCAUUUUACGGAACACCUUCUCAGAAAGAAGCAUAUAGGCAGCAAAUUAGGUCACAAUUAAAAGACCAAGUGAAAGAAAAGGACGAUUUACAUCGUAGGCAGCUGAUUGACAGGGUUGCAGAAAGUGACACAGCUGUUGCCAAUGACCAGAAAUCAAAACAGGAAGAUAAUAAUAUGAAACAAAAGAAAGCAGACUAUCUAAAGCAGUUUAGCAAUGAAAAUAAAAAGAUUAUGGAAGAAAAAGAAAAGAGUUCGCAAAAAACAAGAGAAGCCAACAUGGAAUUGGAAAGGAAGCUUUUAAAUGUUAACCCUAUAAACUGGAAUAUGACUUUACACUAGUAUAAUUUAUAUGUAUAACAUUUACACAACUACUGCUAGUUCAAUCAACCUAACACAAAAUUUUUUACAAAAUAAAUUAGGAAUAGAAUUUCAAUAAAUAUAUGCUCAUAUUUGUGAAUACAGAAUGAAAUGCAAUCAGAGGUUAAUAAAUUUUUUCUACUGUACUGACAAAAAAGGGUUAGCCAUCUUUGCCGAAGAAAAACUAGUUUCAGGAGGAAAAUUACGAAAAUAUGUCUGAAGUUUCUGGAGUAAACUUUUCUGGUUAGUAGUGUAAAAGUUACAAAAAAAGACUUA